AUGACGCGGUUCCACCUCCUCCAGCGGCUCUGCCGCCGUGGAUCGCGCCGCGAUACCCAUUACAGCGGUGUCGCCAACGGAGUCUGGAACUGCGUGAUUCGCGCGGAAAGCACGGCUUGCAGCAGUGCUGCCGCUACCAGCGCUAGCAGCACCGGCUUUCGCGGUGGCUGCUCCACCAUUAGGAUCAAUGACUGUGAUGGCGGAGCAGGGGUGAUCGGUGGAUCUGGACCGUCCAGAUGGGACCAUCGGCAUCAGGCUGGGCUGCUGGGCACGAUCAGAUUCGAUCUCUUCCCACGAGUCGAAUCUUCUGAUCGCGAGUCUUGUGACGAGCCUAGCACAGCCACGUCAGCAGAUCCGCGUCAGCAUAGGACCGCGUCGCUAAUCCCGUCCGCUUCUUGCGGCACCAGCUCCGCAUCAGAGGGUCCUUUCCCGUGGAAUGAAGCAACGGCGGAAUUCUUCGCUCCCCAGUUCCGCUUUUCCGCGCCUCCCCCGUUUUCCGCCUCUUCCGCCAGCCCUCUUCCCCCCUUCCGUUCCGCCGCCUCCCCCUCUUCCCCGCCGCAUCUCGCUUUCUUUCGUUCCGCUUCCGCAACUUCCGCCUUUCCGCCCGGAAGCUUCGCCUUCUCGGCCGCCGGGUUUCACUCCUCUGCUACUUCCGCGAAUGGCGCCGCAAUCGGCGGCGCCUCCGGCUCUAGCACUAGCGACGAAAGCAGCAGCCAAAAUGCAGCCAGCGAGUCCGUUUUGUCUGACGUGCCGCUUCCCUCCGGUGCUGAUGUCAGCGGCGCGGUAUUAGGCGACGGUGCCGCUGACGUCAUCAGUGCUGCCACGUCGGACCUGGGGGUGACAGUGGGGUCUGAGCUGGCAGCGGCGGCGGCGCACUGCUCGGCGCCCAUUGCCGCGUUGCAGCAGCUGAUUGGUGCAGUGCAUGACGUGGCAGGCCUGCCCUGGUGGCUUUCCAUAGCAGCAGCAACGGUGGGGAUCAGGCUCAUCCUGCUGCCUGCAUUUGUCUACCAAGUCAGAUCAACGGUCAAGAUGGCGCUCAUCAAGCCAGAGAUGGAGCGACUGUUGAACAAAGUCAAGGCCGCUGGCUACGACACGGAGGCAGUGGCUCACUACAAUGGCAAGAUGCAAGCGCUGCUAAAGAAACACAACACCACGCCCUUUGCUCCUCUCCUCGGGAUCUUCCUGCAAGCGCCCAUCUUCAUCGGUUUCUAUUUCGCUAUCACAGGAAUGGCGGAGCACAUGCCAUCGUUCGCAACAGGGGGAGCUUUCUGGUUCACCGACCUCAGUACACCCGAUCCCACCUAUCUGCUGCCUCUCAUGUCCUCUGCUGGCAUCCUGGCUGCUGUGGAGCUGAACGCAGCAGAGGGCAUGGAGGGAGCACCCAAUGCAGCGCAGAUGAAGUGGUUCAUGCGAGGGCUUGCUGUGACCAUGGUGCCGCUCACUGUCACGUUCCCUAAGGCUGUGUUCUGCUACUGGAUCACCACCAACGUCUUCUCUCUUGUCCAGGGCCUAGGUCUUAAGCGCCCUGGGGUGCGGAAGGCUCUUGGGAUCCCUACUCUUAAGCCUCCGUCAUCGAAUGCGUCUCCUGGAAGUGCCUCUCUGGGAUUACCUCUGAAGAAGCAGUUGUCGCAGACGGCUAUAGGAGUGGGGGCUGCAGGCACGCUCUACUGCUUCCUCGGAAUCUCCAUUCAGACUGCCAUCAGCUAUGGCAUCGGAAGCGCUGCCAGCUGCCUCUACCUGCUGCUUCUUUUCAACGACACUGACACCAUUGCCCCCGAGGACCUGCCUCCCGCCUUCCUCAUCGACCGGAACAAGCCCAAGAGGAAGGGCCUGGUUGACAGCCUAGCAACGGUCGACUCGCCCCAGAAGCUCCUGCAGGGCGCUCAGCUCGCCCUCUCCUCGCGCCGUCUGGCCGUGCCUGCUGCCCUCGUGCUGCUCUGGGCCUUCUCCGUGCAAUUCAGCGGCAGCGACCCCAACAGCUUGCACAUCGAGUGCCUGCUCGUGCCUGCUGCCCUCGUGCUGCUCUGGGCCUUCUCCGUGCAGUUCAGCGGCAGUGAUCCCAACAGCUUGCACAUCGAGUCCUCUGCUCGCCGUCUGCUAGUCUUCUGCUCGCCCUCUGCUCGUCCUCUGCUCGCCCUCUGCUCGCCCUCUGCUCGUCCCCUGCUCGCCCUCUGCUCGUCCUCUGCUCGCCCUCUGCUCGUCCUCUGCUCGUCCCCUGCUCGCCCUCUGCUCGCCUUCUGA